AUGAAACCACGUUAUAAUUUGCGUACUCAAUCAAUUAAACUUCAAUCAAUAACUGAGAAAACUAAAUCUCCUUCAAAAUUAUCAUCUCGAGUUGCUAAGAAACCUAAAUGUCGAAAUUCAAAUUCUACAAUUAAUCAACAAACUCGUCGUCAUAGCUUACGCUUGACAUCAACUAUUAAACAAAAACCAUCAUCUUCAGUAAAUAGUGAUGAGCCUGUACCAAAAUGGCGUAAAAUAGAGAAUGCUAAUGUGGAUGAAAACGCAUCGAUAAAUAAUAAUGAUGAUGAUGAUGAUUAUGAUGAUCUGCUUGCUCGACAUCAUCGACAUAGAAUCGACGAACAAAAAGAUCGAAAACUUUAUGAGCGAUAUGUGCGUGGUCAACGAACUCUCCGUCGGUUACAAUGUCGUCGUACACAUACAGCACAUUUAAAUCCAACAACUAGAAAUCGCUUAUUACGUGAAUUAGAACGUGAACGACGUUAUGCUAUUGAAGAUAAAAUCUGUGCAUAUCUUGCCAAUCAUAGAAUUAUGUUUCAACAUGGAUGUAAUAUAGAUUCAAAACAACCUAUAACAUGGUCAAACCUUGAAGAACAACUUCCUUGUAAUAGAAAUGUUGGUACAAUACAUGAAUUAGAUGUUAUGAUUAAUAAUUUAAAAAAAGUUAUUCACAAUUCAAAACAAUCGCUAUCAAAACCUCGAUUAUCGGUACAUGAAAGACAAAAGCAACGUUUAGGAGCAGCAACAAGCAUAAGUCCGACUGUUUCAACUAAAUCUGAGACUUUACAAAACCAUGAAAUCAAACAACCCAUGACCAUAUCAAACACUACUGUCAAUAUACCACCAUCACAAUUAUCUUUACUAUCGCUUUCGCCUCGUGUACCUGUCGUUCGGUUUACAGAUGAACAUUAUAAUAAAUUACAAACAAGUAAUUCUCAACAUUUAACAUGUAUACAAAAUUUUUUGUUACAUCACAAUAAUGAACAAUCAAAUGCUAAUCAUCAUAGUAGAAAUACAAACAAUGAAAUAUCAACGCCGAAUUCUAGUAGAAAAUCAGUUCUACGCCAGAAACCUACGCAUGUCAAUUUACCGGAUUCAUUGUCAACGAAAAAACGACCAUUGGAAAAAGAAAACUACAGUGUUCUGACGAAUUCAUCCAGUAGUCAAACACAGCCAAAUAUUGUUCUGAGGAACACAUCACCAAUGGUGUCGAUCAAAUAUACCUCGUCUUCUGCGUCGUCUCGUGCCUAUCCAAACACGAGGAAAAAUCUAAUGAUUCAUAAUUCUUUCCCAACACGUCGACAACGAAGAGCGUCUACCAAUGUUUAA